AUGACUUCGCGGCGUACAUCAGCGGUUCGUCAACAUACAUUUUCACUGUAUAAUCUUUCCGCCAGUGAAAUCUAUUUUGACGAUUAUGCUGUCGAAUGCGAAAGUACUUUAAAUGAAUAUCAACAGAAGAAAACCAAAGGUCGUUUGAAAAUUUGUUCGAAAUCUCUCGUUUUCGUUCCCAAUGACAUUCGUUCACCGAUGAUCAAAAUUCUAUAUAAACAAAUAGUUAAAUUCGAAGAUGGCAAAAAGAAUGAACUGAGUCUGACAGAUUCAACAAUCAUUUCUCCAAUAUCCAAUCCUACGAAAUCAACAGCGAAUUGUUUGAAUUUGAUCUGCUCAUCAGUAACAUUGAUGUCAAUUGCUGGACGAAUUGAACCUUACACAACUCUCUACGACAAACAACAAUUUUCAUUCGAAUUUUUCUACACUAAAGUCGCAGACUGCCUAUCAGUUGUCGGACAAUUGUAUCGUUCGACCACGUUACUCUAUCCGGAACAAGUUAUGAUGAUUGAAUCGAUCGUACAAGGACGAUUGAAAAUGCUUCAAUUUGAUUUGACACAACUGAAAGAUUUAAAUGAACAUCUUCUUUUCGAAGAGGAUGCUUAUGUUAUUAAACCUCUGAUACAAAAUCCGGGUAAAUGCUUGUUAACAGAUCAAUGUUGUUAUUUCCAAUCGUUAAAUAACAUUACUGAACAACGAAUUAUCAAAUAUGAUUUGAAUACACUCGUGAAAAUAACGAAAAGACGGUAUAAAUUCCGAUAUAUUGGUUGUGAGCUACAAUUUAAAUUAACUGAUCGGAAACUUAAUCAAAGUAGAAUUCUCUAUUUGGUUUUUGCCAAUGAAUCUUUAUGUUCGAAAUUCUAUGAUCUUGUUCAAGCUCAAACAUCAGUUCGGGUUGAUUUGACCUCAUUCGAAAAUAUGACUUUACGAUGGCAAGAAGGAACUAUCUCAAAUUAUGAUUACUUACUCUAUUUAAAUGACCGUGCCGAACGAUCCUUUCAUGAUUGUUCCCAAUAUCCCGUCUUCCCAUGGGUAUUACGAAACUAUACAGCUGAUAAUCUUGAUUUAAAAGAUCCUCAAAGUUUUCGUGAUUUGAGUAAGCCCAUCGGUGCAUUGAAUAUCGAACGUUUAGAACGUUUGAAAGAACGUUACAUAAAUAUGAGUUUACCAGCUGAUUCUCAACGCUUUCUCUACGGAAGUUUUUACUCUAAUCCAGGUUUUCUUGUCUAUUUUCUUUGUCGUCUCCAUCCACAAUUUAGUUUAUGUUUAAACGACGGCCGAUUUGAUCAUUCCGAUCGGUUAUUCCAUUCGCUGAUCGAUACAUGGAAAAGUGUACUCACAAGUGACUCAGAUGUUAAAGAAUUAAUCCCGGAGUUCUACAUGUCAUCGAAAUUUGAUGAAGUUGAAGAUGAUGAAGAACAUCGACAGGACGGACAGUUUUUAAUCAAUCAAUUUAGCAUAGAUUUUGGUGUUCGACAUGAUGGUGUACCUGUCGGAGAUGUCAUUCUUCCACCUUGGGCGGAAAGUCCAAGUGAUUUUAUCUACAAAAUGCGUCUUGCAUUGGAAAGUGAUUAUGUUUCACAACAUUUGCAUGAAUGGAUCGAUCUUAUAUUUGGUUACAAGCAACGGGACGAAGAAGCACGGAAAGCCGAUAACUUAUUUCAUUAUUUGACGUAUGGUGUGCCGGAAGGUCAAGUGGCGAAAACAACCGAUGAAUAUAAUGAUCAGUUAUCAUUAGAAACACAAAUUCUCGAGUUCGGACAAGUUCCAAAGCAGUUGUUUUUCAAACCACAUCCACGGAAACUCACGAAACAGGAGUUGGAAGAUUGUAAAGAUCAAGAAAGAACAACUAGUACAAAUAAACCAGCAGUAUCCAUCGAUACGCCAAGCGAUCCAAUCGAAGCCAGUUCCAUCCGCCCACGAAUCCAGUCCUUGUCCUCAUUUGAAGAACACGAAUUAGGCCAAUUUGAAUUCGAUUCCGUCUGUCGUUUACAUAAGACUGCAAUCACACGAAUUGUUCCUCAUCCAUUAUUACCUACAACACAUUUGCUAACAAUUGGUGACGAUGGCUUCCUGCGGAACUAUAUCGUUGAUCAAAAUAAAGUUCACGCAUAUUUCUAUGUCUCAUCGCGUCCAUUAACCUGUUUAAAAUCUAUCGCUGUUCAACUGUCACACGAUACAGAUGAACAAUGUGCAUUAGCCUUUAUCGGCGGUUACGAUCAUUCAUUCUAUAUUUACAAUUUGGACACAGGUACAUCGGUGUUCUCUCAAAUAUUGCACGAUGAUACAAUUACAGAUUUAUAUGUAACUAGUCAAUUAACACCAGCAAUGUUAUGCACAUCAUCAAGUGACUCGACUGUUCGAUUUUGGUCAUUAGAACAUCUUCUGGACAUGAACGAGGAAAAACAUGUUUUUGCACGAAAUCAUCAACGACCAUCGAUGAUUCCAAUGCUAUACGAUAUUUCAUUCGAUUCGCCGUGUACGUGUAUGAGUGUUUUAGAAGAACAUCUACUUUUAUCUGUUGGAUGCGGAGAUGGUACUGUCUUUCUGUGUCAUUUUCAAACAGGAGAGAUUUUAAAACAUUUACCACCAUUGGCAUCACCAAUUCUUUCUGUCUCAUUCCGUAUCGAUGGACAUUUCCUCGCUUAUUUAUCUGCGAAAACAGUCGUACUAGUCGAUAUUAUAUCCGGCACUGAAGUAUUUACCAACGCAUGUUUAUCCAAUGAUCAAUUAUUCAAUUGUUUAUUCUAUUCAUCUCAAAUGUUAAUCGUCGGUUCGACCAAUGGUUCAUGCGAUGUCUGGAAUUUGAAGAUAUGCGAAAAAGUUCAUUCGUUGAACAUCUGUGAGAAUUUACCCAUCACUACUAUUGCGCAUAAUCACGGAAUGUUCUUCUUCGGUGUCAAUGAUGGAUCUGUUCAUUCGUAUGUUUUUGCGAGUCGAUUACAAUUAUCUGUCUAG